AUGAUAAAUAUUGCUGAUUUUUUAGCUGAGAAUGGUCAUAAUGUUACUAUUAUUCAUGCACCAAUGAAUCCUAAAACAAUUGAUAACCAAGGAAAAAAAGCAACAGUAGUUAGACCAUCAACUUAUGAUAAAAAAAUAAAAGAUAUUUUUGAUAUUGCUGAUAAAAAUUUAAAAGAAAUAUGGAAUAUUGAUAGUUUAUGGAAUCCUUAUUAUACAUUAACAUUUAUAAGUAUUUAUAAUAAAUGGCUUGCAGCAAGUUGUGAGCAUAUAAUUAAAGAAGAUAAUUUAACAGAAUUAAUAAGAAAUGAAAAAUUUGAUUUAGGAAUAGGUGAAGCAUUUGUUCCAUGUGUAUUUGGAAUGUUUAAAUAUUAUAAUAUUACAAAACAUGUAGCUGUAAUGUCAGGGAUCCCAUAUGAUACUCAUUAUAAUGAAAUGGGAAUUAAUUUUCCCAUUGGACAGGUACCAUCAAUCUUUGCUCCAAUAUCAGAAAAUAUGUCAUUUAUGGAACGAUUAUAUAAUACUUUUUUUUAUUUAACAUCAAAAUAUUUACAUAGAGAAGGUGUUUAUCUUGGAAAUGAUAUAUUUAAUAAGCAUGCACCAACAUAUAAUAUUAAUCUUGAAAAUAUUUUUAAUGAAUGUAUUUUUUAUAUUUCAAAUACUGAUCCAAUAAUAAAUUAUGGUGUUCCAGGUUCACCAAAAAUGAUACAAUUAGGAGGAUUUUUAUUAAAACAACCAUCUCCUUUAAAUUCUUAUUUUGAUAAUUUACUUAAUAAACGUAAAAAAAAUGUUAUUAUAUCAUUCGGAUCAUUUGCAAAAAGCAUUAAUAUGCCAAAAGAAGGAUUAAAUACCUUAAUAGAACUUUUUAAAUCAUUUCCAAAUGUAACAUUUAUUUUUAAAUAUGAAGAAGAAAAUUCUUUAUUUUUAAAAAACUUUGAUAAUGUUAUUACAACAAAAUGGUUACCACAAUAUAAUUUAUUAAAUGAUAAAAGAGUAUCAGUUUUUAUAAUGCAUGGUGGAAUGAAUUCAUUAUUAGAAAGUAGUAGAGCAGGUGUACCAAUGUUAGGAAUUCCAUUGUUUUAUGAUCAACCAAGAAAUGCCAAAAUAAUAGGUGAAUUGAAGUUAGGAAGAUGGAUCGAUAAAUUUCAAUUUAUUAAAGAUAAAAAUUUAUUUAUUAAUACAUUUAGAGACGUUCUUGAGAAUCCUUUAUAUAAAAAGUCAAUAAAAAAAAUAUCAGAAAUGAUUAGAAAAAAACCAUAUAACGAAAAAGAAUUAUUUUUAAAAUAUAUUGAAUUUGCUUGUCAAUUUGGAGAGAUUAGAAAUUUUAAUAUUGGUAGUAAAAAAAAAUUAUUAUAUCAAUAUUCAAUGAUUGAUAUUUAUUUAUUUAUUAUUUUUUCUUUUUAUGGAAGCAUAUAUUGGGUUUAUUUAUUUUUAAAAUACAUUUGGUUCUUUUUAGUUCAUAUAUAUUACUCAAUGUACAAUAAAUAUGAAAGUUAUAAAAAAAAUAAAUCUAAAGAAAAAAAACAAUAA